AGCCACGCCCACAUGCUGAAUCAGCACUCUCGCUACCAGCUACUGCCAUGGAACGUUUGCUGCUGGAUAUUCGCCAUAGUCCGGCUGCUUACCUCUCUUCUCGUGGAAUAUCCACUCAGGACCUAGUGGAGGAGCUUAUACAGGUAAAACAAUGGGCGCUUAUCAGUCUCCUCUGCUCUGAAAUAAACCAUCCAGCUAUUGAUGUCGCCUUCUGACAAAAAUGAAAGCGCCAAACUAGCAGCUCUGGGCGCCUUUCAGGAGGCCGCACCAAAGCUAUUGAACGAUGCAAUAAGAUUGGAGUCCACCGUGACGUCACUCAAAACUAUUUUCUACCAGUCGAGAACGUCAGCAAGCUCCCUUGUGUUGAGCCAGAUUCUCUGCACUAUGACAAGCAUACUGAUAGAAAUGGAGGCCGUUGUUGAAGGAGACUAUUUGCUCAGUGAACUUGUUCAAAUACUAUCUGAAGUGGUGGAGAAGGUAGAGACUGAAGGUUACCAUCAUCUUGUGAGAGCCACUGCCUGUGACUGUCUACGGGAGAUUGAGCUUGCUUUCCCGGUCCGUGUGAACCACUCAGUUAUCCUAGAUCUUGUAUUCUCGGAGUAUCCUAGAUCUUGCUCUGUAUUCUCGGAGUAUCCUAUACCUUGCUCUGUAUUCUUAGGGUAUACUGAGCUCCAAGCUCGGCCAUUUCUACGCUCUGAGUCAGGCAGAAAAUUCCCACAUCUUCCAACACUACCUGCUGUUGCUGUCUACGGUCCUUGACUAUACUGUGAAGAAGUGUGUGUUGGCGGUGGAGCUAGGCCACACCCCUGACCCCGCCCUCUCUGAGCUCCUCUCCCAGGGAGAAUCGCUGAGGGAGUCAAGUCUACCGGCUGACUUCAGGGAAAAUGCAGACCUUCUUCUUUCAAAGCCAUCUUCAGUUCUGGAGAGAGAGGGUUCCGAGAGUCCGGAGCUCAGACGAGCCGUCUCCUUCAUCCUGACACACUACCAGCUGCUGACUCCGCCCUGUCUCGCCCUCACGCUACACAACGUCCUAUCAACAAUAGAAUUCACCUCCCUUAGCCCAAUGAUCUUCAAGGGUGUUAUGCUACACUACCAGCCAUGUCAGGAGCUACUGUGCUUCCAUCUUGUGCUAUGCCUCAAGUGGAGGUUUGGUGACGAUAUCUGCAGCCAAGUUGACGCUGAUUCGAUUCACUUCUGGUUCACACAAAUGGCCGCUCAUCCUUCCCUGCCUCACCACCAAAGAGAACUAAUGCUCUCAUACUUCCUGGAGUGGCCUCACGU